ACGGACAAAUUUGAGUGUCAAGUGUAAAGUUUGUCUCUGUUUGAAAAUGUUAGUACGUUCACAAUAGAAACAAAGCUUUCAUUACGUUUUUACGACGAUACACAUCAUACACACAAGCAUAUUCGACCGCAGAGUCGGCAGAUGUGACACAGUGCCGAAAUAUUAGCAAAUUUUAACAAUCGAGUCGACUUGUUAUUUCUGUCGGCCUACCAUUGACGACUUUGGCGCGUUGGGGUAACGAUGACUAACAGUCCGUACCGUUAGGCCGAAUCGUUAUUCCAGCUGGAGAAUGUCAAUUUCAUGCGGUUUACGGUACUGAAAUUGCACGUUAGUAUACACUGGCGUUGCGCUGAUCGUUUGUCGUCUUGUUGCGACUGAUCCCUCGGGAUAAUCGAUGACGAUACGCGACCACGCGCGCGUCCGUUGCUCAGAAAAGAAAUUAAAGUGACGCCGGCGAGUUAGAUGAAACGAAACGUGAACUUUCACCUGAACUCCAGUCUCUUUUGCAACUAUGAAAUAAAAUUCGCGCACAUUGUCCUUCCCGAUUUGCACAAAUGCUUCCAUCAGGAUACAUCGUUCCUGCUCGAACAAUGAGAAAUGCAAACAUGAAUGAAGGAAUAUAUUAUUUAAUUCUCCCAGUAUAAUUUCUUCCGCGUGUCGGGUCAUUAAGUCUUCAAUAAGAGAAGAAGAAAGAAACCAGAUGUUCCCUCGACCGUCAUUCGCCUGCGAAUUUUCCGAGUCGCCCAAGCCUCGGAUGAAACAUCGAAGGAAAAGAGUGCAAAGUCAAAUUUUGACUAAAGAUAACAACGUCAAGAGCGAAAAAGAGUGCAGUCGAUCAGCAGCAGACAGCUCGAGUCGCAUGUGUCAUUCGCUCCGUUCGCGCGCGCGCGCGCGCGAACUUUCUACUCCGCGUAUCCUUCUCGUUGCUGACUCAACGCAUUCGUCACCGAUGCUUUCGCGCGAACCUGCGAAAAUACGCGCGCAAUGUGCGAGCACCCCGGCGGCGUCGCCAUUCGGCGAAACGACUACGCCGGAGAAGCAACGGUAUCCGCGACGGCCACGAGCCGAAACGCUUCCGGUGUGUCGCCCGCGCUUAAAAUCCUCGCGUCGACGCGUCGACUCUUCCUAAAAAUAACUCGACCAGGAUCGGCAUCCAGUUUCGGGGUCAACGACUCGCCUUGAGGACCUUCGCUGGCUGGCGGAGAGAGCAGGCUCUCGUCGUAAUCGCAGUUGGGUCGUUCAGUUGCAGGCGAAAAUUCGUCCUGACGCUGAAUCGACGCGAGCGAAUGACGUCGUUCGCCGCUUACGCAGCAGGAAGAAGAGAUCCUCGUAAUCGCGGUCUAGCAAUUGUGCGCUCACCAAAUACUGUGUGUUGCAGAAGCGGAAGGAUGUGGCUAUCAAGGACAUGGCUCUUGCUACUGCCGCUGCUCGGGGUGGCGUGUGAUCAGAAGGACGAGGACGAUAUGACCAAAGCCUUCACCGAAGAGGCCAGGAAACUCUUCAGCUCGAGACCCAACGAGAAUAUGAAGCAGCGUAUGAAGCAGGUCGGCGACACGUUGUUCGAGAAGACGUCCUCGGAGGACGGCUUCAGCAAGAUCAUCUCAGGUUUGAACAGCUUUAUGUCGGAUGACCGACCUAACCAGGGCUUCGACAUGUCGAUCGUAGGCUCAGUCUUGAAUUUGUUGAGCAUGGCGAACAACGGCGGACACACAAAUUACGGCAAGCAAUCGGUGAACGGCGCGCAAGAGGAGAACGCCAUAGACUGGGGCAACGUAAUCAGCAAGAGCUUGGCGUUCUUCCAACAAAAUGUCAACAACGACAUAGUGAUGGGUAUCGUGCCGAUGGUGCUGGAGUCACUAGGACACACGACCAACGACAAUGACGCCGGCCACAUAGAUCACUCGGGGCAUUCCUGGUUCUUGCCGCCCAUCCUGGAGAACAUUCACGUUAUGUGGGAUCAUUUCAGUAAUUCGGAACUCGGCCGGAUGUUGUGGAAGAACAGCGGUCUGUCGAAGCUGAUCGCUCAGAUGUCGGACGAGGAAGGCAACAUCCAAUACGAGAAGCUCAUGAACAGCUUCGAGAACCCCAUGGUGCGUCGCAGGUGGAUCAGGUCGUUCACGAAUUUCAUCGCCGAGUGGGUCUCCCACGUGUCCGACCCGUUGAAUCAGCAACGUUACCUCUCGACCGCGCAGUUCAUCGGCAACAGCUUCCUCAAGUCCCAGGGAUUCCCGAAGUCGGUGAUGUUCGACGCCCAGAGACCGACGGAGAGCCUGACCAGAUUGGCGAACAUGCUGGGGCGGAAGUACCUGAACAUGAAUAUCGACAGUUCGCAGUACAUAAGGCCAGCGAUAGCGUAUUUCCAGGAGUUAGCGAGUCUAGCCUCCGAGAAAGGAUUCAUCAUGUCCCGGAUAAACGCGCACGAGUUAAGCAACAAACUCAGCAACACUAUCAACAACGACAUCGUCUCCCCUAUGCUCAAGGCGUAUCGAGCGUACAAGUGGGCGACGAAAAUGCCGCAAUGUGCUAGUCAAAUCUUAUGUACCAUAAACGAGAAGAGCCAGCAGGAGGACAAUUACGACAACGAGUCGCGCGUACGCAGCGGAGUGCUGAAGUUGGCGAGUUUCCCUGCGGCUUGGGCGGUCAGCAAUAAGUUAGGAGUCAAUUUCUGGCUCCUCUACGGAGCCAUCAUCGAGCAUGAAGGAUGCGUCAGAAAAUAUCCGGCGGACUGCACGGUCUUCCACGAAGAGGAGAUCCGGGUGACCACGGAGAGCAUUCACAGCGAGCUUUGAGCUUUAAUCCGUUUAUUCGCGGCCUGUGAAAGACAUUGCUGCUAGGUCGCCUGUAAAAAGACGCGCGAGACCGAGCUCGUUUCUAAUCUCUGUCCCAUUCUAUUUAUUGCACAAAGUGAAAGAUACGCCGAACGAAACCGGAAUCGUCGAUUCUGUCACUGCGCCUGGUGCCCGACCUGGCGCGACUGCAGGAUCUGCGGAGUACCUCUUCGACCUUUUUACGUGUACAUACAAGCGUAGACAUUGCGACGUGCCACAAUGUCAAAUGUGGAAUUUCCACGGCAUGAACGCAACCGAGAGACGCUGUAAAUGCGUGCAGAAAAGAGAAACUAAAUUCCUCAUCUCUGACAAACGCGAUUCAAACGUCCUGCCAACGUCCUCCGGUCUUCCGUGCUGUCUUCUCGGCAAGUCCGCGUUUCGGAGAGGCAACGCGUUCGGAUGAGCUUCUCCGGAAAAUUAAUACUACGCGAGCGGUUAAGACUCGAAGCGAGGAAAGAAACGGAGGAAAACGCAUGUUAGCUUUCGUGCACUUUCUGCACGAGAGACGCUCGAUCAUCGAUGCGGCGCACCAUUCCGGACGCGGAACUGACGGGUGAACUUGAGUAUGAACGCGUAUCUCGCGUCAAACACAAACGCGAGCAACCGGAGGAAUGGUGCAUCUCGUGAAACUCCGCGAUUCCUCUUAACUGCUCACGUAGCAUUCGUCGUUAAAAUAAAAAGAAAGUGCAGUCAUGAACACUUACGUACAUGCUGCGCGUUAUGGUUCAGCGCGUCUCAGCGCGAUUCCCUCCUUCGCGAGUGCAGUAACAACGUGGUGCUCAAGUCUAUACCGUAAUUAUAAGUAUAAAUGUUACAUUAAUUACUAUUAUCUACGAAUACGUGUGUAUCUUCUGUCUUGUAUUUUUUUCUUUCUCUAACUCUCUCUCUCUCUCUCUCUCUCUCUCUCUCUCUCUCUCUCUCUCUCUCUCUCUCUCUCUCUGCCCCUUUCUUGUUUCAUCUCUUUUUAUUUUACAUUUUUUACUAGAUAAGUCUAUAAAAAUGUCUAAUCUAUUUAAAACAGCGAGAAGGCAUGUUCUUUUACAAUAGAACGCUCGCUAUUACAAAUCGCGGUAUCUCUCUCUCUCUCUCUCUCUCUCUCUCUCUCUCUCUCUCUCUC